ACGAGGCGCCUCGGGGAAACUUGCCCAAUGUUAAUGUUUGACAAGUAGGAAGACGGGCUCUCGGUCUGAGAUAACGCAACCGCACUCUCUCUCUCUCUCUCGGUUCUCCUUCUCCUUCUCGGGUGGCUUUUGUUGCUUUGAGAAGGAAUUACACGUUCAAAUCUGAGGGAGAAAGACCGAAAAGAGAACAUGGAGGUCCUGGUGCUGGUGGACUUCGAGGGCGACGCGGGAGACGAGCUCACGGUCAGGAUGGGGGACGUGGUGGUAAACGUCACCAAGGCCGGCGAGGAGGGAUGGCUGGCGGGCGAGCUGAGGGGAAAGCGGGGCAUCUUCCCCGCCAACUUCGCCAAGGAGGUGCCGGUCUAUUUGAUCGGGAGUGGCGAGAGGGAACCCCGCAGCAUCAGAAAACCAAAGCAGGCGAAGCACACGAGGAAAUGCGAGGUGGCGUUUGCCUACGAACCCGUCAGCCAAGACGAGCUGCAGCUGGUUUUGGGGGAGACGAUAGAGAUCGUCAAAGAGAUCGAAGACGGGUGGUGGAUGGGCGUGAAAAACGGCCAAGUUGGCGCAUUUCCCUCAAACUUUGUCAAGGAAAUUUUCGUUUCCCCUAAAGACGGAAAGCACAGCGAGGGAAAGACGAGGCCCAAGCUCUCGGACACGAUGUUCAACAAGGAAAUGUCUCAGAGGACGAGUGUGCGGAGCAAAACCAAAAACGUGGUGGAGUGUUGCCAAGUCAUGUUUGACUACCAGCCCAAAACAGACGACGAGUUGGCGCUGAAGAAGGGCGACGUCGUCGUCGUGCUGAGAAAGGAAACGGAAGAUGAAGGCUGGUGGGAAGGAGAGCUGAACGGACGCUGCGGCUUCUUUCCUGAUAACUUCGUCAUGUUGAUCCCACCGAUUACCAGUCUGCAAUCCGGGACCCUAAACCAACCGCCUGCACGCAACAACAGCAUUAAAGUCCCAGAGAAGACCGAGGGCUCAGCGAUGGAAAAAGCCGGUCCUGCAAAGAUAAAAGAUGAUAAACCACAGGUUAAGGACCUGCGAAGUAACCCUCCAAACCGAGUCAAGCUGCCGUCCUUCAAGCCCAGCCCGCCGCCGGUCAAAGACAAACCCGGCAAGGCUUCGCCCAACUCCACGAACGGGGACGCGGCUUCCGUUUCACCGAAACAACCGGAAGAGAAAGAGGCCGACCAGUUUGAUGGCGUGGACGUGCAAACCGAGAAGCUCUGCCAUCCUACAGCCAACAGAGCCAAACCCCCCAACAGGAGGCCGCCGUCAGGCCUGGUUACCGAUACAGCGAAUCUCCUGUCGCCCGCAAAGCCGGAUCAACCGCCCAAGACGCCGCCGCCGGCUCGCCCGGUGCCCCCGGCACCCCCCAGAGUCCCUGUGGGGCCCAAAGCUGUGACCCAUAAAGAAGAUGUAACUGUGGAAGGCCUGCAGGCCGAGAUCAGAGAGCUGAGGAUGUCUCUGGAGCUGCUGCAGAGACAACACGACCGAGACAUGCAGGAAGUGAGAGAAGAGCUGCGGGCGGAGGGGAACAAGCGAGAGACGCUGCAGGAGGAAGUGCACAAUAUGAGGAAGAAAUAAUCCCGACACGGGCUGCGUCUGCGUCAUGUGGGGGUUGCGUGCUGGAUAAACAUUUUUCUGAUGUGCAAUCGGGAUGGAGAAGACGACCGAGCCGUCCCACUGCAGGAACACGAGCAAGGGCCGAAGUACGAGGUGUAGUUGGACACAGGAUGGUCCCAAACCUGCACUCGACUGGAGAAACUUAAUAAUCAAAGACUUUGAAAUGAACUGGUUGGGUCUUUUACAUAUUCAAAUGCUGGAAAUGACAAAUGUCGGUUCUAAUGCGAUUACUCUGGGUUGUAAAUUCAUAUUUUGCAUUUUCACCUUUACUGUGGUCUCUAAUGGUUUUAACACAUGUCUAUGCAGUAGUCCAUAGGAUGAAAUACUGUGUUGUCUGCCUGCAAAGACCUAAAAUUAUAUUUUGAGUCAUGUAAAAGGGCUUUGUUUCUUGAAUGUUAAUGGAGCUGAUUUUCUACAGCAGAAUGUAAUGCUGCAUCAAUCCACUGGGGGGCACUGUGACUAUUCUACAUAAAGAGUCAACUUUUUAGUGAACGCUGUGACCAUACAAAACAACUCAUUUAAUUUAAAAGAACAAAUGUUUUUAGACGUACGCAAAUCACUGAUGUUAUCGGUGGAGGCCUUUUUUGAACAAACUUAAAAAAUCACCAUUGAAACACAUCAGGAGUUCAAGGGAGUUUGUGACCGGCUGCAUUUCUUGCAGUUGAGUAGAAAAACUGACUCACUCUGCAAACCCUGAACUCGGAUCAAUGCAAAGGAGAGAAGAGAAUUUAGAGACAUUAUUCUCACGCACCAUAAGUCAAGACAUUUAACUUGAAUGAGUGUAGUAUAGAUUUGGUUUUCCACCAACGGUGGUGGUGAAGAGCCGCAUCUGGACAACAGCUGUAACUCAUCAGGGACCGGGUACUUCUAAAACUUCCCUGGGAACCAACUAUUUUUAAAAUCUGUGUCGAGUAACGGUCAUUAAGUGCACAUUCCCUCGUAGACGGGGGUGAAAUAAAUUCCACUGGACAAAA